AUGGCCACAGAUGGUUCCAACAGUCCAUCUUUCUCGAACUCUUCCUCAGAUCACACCGAGAAAGUCAAAAAAACCCGAGUAAGGCAAUCAUUGGUAUGCCAUCACUGCAAGAGAAGGAAGAUCAAAUGUGACAAGAAACGGCCUACUUGUGGUAACUGUGCUAAACUGCACAUUGAAUGCAUCUAUGAUCUCGAGAAUCAGUCGAAGCACAAGAAUGGGAUAAGCAAGCCAUCAACCUUACAUGAGAAAUUGAACGAGCUGGAAAGCAAGUUUGAAGAUUUGCAACGCACAUUGAAAGUCGGAGAUCUUGAAGACUGGAAUCAGGCCUCUAGUCCGAGUAAAGUUCCAACAAAGGUAAAUUUCUACGAAGGACUUCAGCCUUGCUGUCUCACCAGCAUCUUCAAGUCCGACUACAAGCCUUUUUCAGACAUGGGCAUGAUUCAAAGAAAUCCACGUUUGAACCCGUUUUUGAAGUUUGUAACGCGCUCUUUUAAGCCACUUAAUUAUGCCGUGAAAAAACUCAUGCUGUCUGUGGGCGACAUCAUCACACCCCACUCCGACGAACUGGAGUCCGUGGCCAAGGUCUUGUUUUUGACACCAGAAGUCCGUAAAAUCUUGAAAAAGCACACAAUGAACCCUGAAGAUCUGAAUGCAGAAACCUCAGAAGCCAUUAAACGCUGUCUUUUGGAAAAAGGCACUCAAACCUCACAGAAUGCAUUGACUGAGCCAAUUGACCUUGAGUUUUACGUUUCCAAGACCACACGUCAAGAACUCAUCGAUCUAAUAGUGUCGAUUUUGCCCAACAAAACCAAUCUCGAUCAACUUCUCACUUACUUCAUGACCAAGAUGUAUCCCUUAGUGCCAUACAUUCACAAGACGCAAAUCCUCGAAAUGGUUGCGGAUUCCCUUCAGUACUCACACUCUGGGCAAGUAAUAGGUCUCAAAAUCGGCGAUGAUCAAGAUUUCGCUCGGAAAAUUGGCCGUUUUGCCAUAUUCUUGGUGUUAUUGCGCAUAUCAUACACCGCGAUGAUGCUAGUGAAUAAGCCAUACGAUGGAGAAGUCACAAAUCAGUUCAUUUCUGUUGCUCAAAAAUGCCUAGCACAUUUGAUUGCGCUUUCGCACAAUACAAAUGAAGACAUUCUUUCCUGUUUAAUCCUAAUAAGGUGGUCACUACUCUACUUUCCUACUGAUGGAGACGUCAUGACUGGUUCCAUUACAGAUAUGCUCAUGUCUUUGAUAAUGAAUCAUGCUUUCAAGAUUGGUCUCUAUCGAGAUUGUAUACAUUCAGAGCUCGAUCGAAGCAACGAUCCAGAGGGAAGGUACUUUUUCCACUACCGAACAAAGCUCUGGAUGGGGACACUGAUACUAUUGAGGUCAGACAUGUAUUUGAGAGGCAAUUUUCCCACCUUGAGCGCUGAAUAUGCCAAUAUGACUUUGAAGCAAGAGGUACGAGAGAACUACGAGGACGAAACAGAGUACCAAGUUCAUCGGAUUCUUCACAAGCAAUUGGAAGUUUACAGCAAAGCUAGCGUUCUAGACAAGCUGUCCAGUCAGUUGCGCGAAGGAACUGACGUUGAUGAGAUAUAUUCAAAGAUACGGCACCUCGAGUAUGAAUUACAAUAUGUGGUUCCGCUUUCGAAUACUCGCUAUCUAGCACCAGAGACAUCAAUUCACACUGUGUUACAAAGUAUGAACAACGCGCUUCACUUCAAGGUAAAUGUCAUUAUCAGAAUAUACUUCUUGGCAAUCCGUGCCUCGAUCGUAUGCGAUUUGGAGGCUCAAAUUAUUAAGCGAUUGGGUCGAUCCGAGCAUUUGCCUUUGCGUUAUAGAGAGGUCACGAUGGAGUGUUUCGAAGCCGCGCUUCAUCUCGGGGGAAUGCUUCAAGACUACAUGAGCUCUGCAAGCGACGAACAAAACAAGCUAGUGUUCCGCGAUCAUCGCUAUUUCAUGGACCAGCUGGUGCAGAUUGGUACUUUUCGAGUAUCGUAUUAUCUGAUCGGCGUCAUCUUGACUAUUCUGAGGGUAAAGGAAGGGCUCUCUGACUUCAAGUGGCAGAAUGAAAACAAGCAAAGUCUUGGAGCGGAAAUCAACUACAAAACGUCGGUGAUAGACUCUGUCGCGAUCUCUAUUUUCCAAUACGUCCAGAAAUUGGUUCACUUGGGUUCUCACACCCUGUCCGACACCUAUUUCACUUCGUUCAAGCAACUGUUCUUGGAAUAUGCAAUGCAGGUGAUCCAGAAUGAAAUAAAUCCCAACACAACCAGUCAUCUGAAGGAGGUUUUAGGCGACACAUACAUUCCAGCAGCAAUUGACUACUCGCCCGAGGAUUGGGUGAAAUUCUCGAACUAUGUGCAUAAAGCUCUUGGCCAAGGCCCAUCAGUUCCCAGUUAUCCUUCCGCAGAUGAGCUUUUGGCAGCCACAGCGUUCCCCAUCGGUCAGGAUGAUCUGACAGACGAGCUCAUGAAUCCCAUGUCACUAUUUGGUGAUGAUGUCAACAUACAGAAUAUGCUAGACGGAGACUACACUUGGGCAGAUUUCAUAUGA